AUGUACGAACACGAACAGUUCGACGUCAUCAUGAUGGACCCGCCGUGGCAGUUGGCCACGGCGAAUCCGACGCGCGGGGUGAGUUUGGGAUACUCGCAAUUGACGGAUCAGCACAUCGCAGACUUGCCGUUGCCGCAAUUGCAAAAGAAUGGGUUGUUGUUCGUGUGGGUGAUCAACGCGAAGUAUCAGUGGUGCCUCAAUCAGUUUAAAAAAUGGGGCUACGAAUUCGUGGACGAGAUCGUGUGGGUGAAGGUGACGAAAACGAGACGACUGGCGAAGUCACACGGCUUUUAUUUGCAGCACGCGAAGGAAGUGUGCCUGGUCGCCCGUCGAGGAGACGCGCCGCCGGGAUUGAAGAACAGAGCCAUCGGGAGCGAUAUCAUCUUCGCUCCUCGUCGCGGGCAAUCGCAAAAGCCGACGGAGAUUUACGAGCUCAUCGAAGAGCUCGUGCCGAACGGGCGGUACUUGGAGAUUUUUGCGCGUAAGAACAACCUGCGCGACUAUUGGGUGUCCGUCGGGAACGAGGUCACGGGGACUGGUUUGCCUCCGGACGACGUCAAGGCGUUCGAAGAGCGCGGGCACAUUCCGUCCGCGAAAUACGGCGCGUCUAAUCGAUAG